GUCCCAAAACAGCUGCAGUCUGCCUUAUUUAGAGCAACGGUUGUUGUUAUUGUUUGUAGCGCCGACAUACUCCUGUCCUGAAUCACAUUUCUACUUUUACUCCCUUGGCUUUUCAGAUCACUAGUUAUAUCUCAUAUAGCCGUGGCUGACAGCUGAGUAUAAAGAGGCAGAACUACUGUGGGAUUCCUCAAACAUAGCUAGCAUAGACUAGCACUUCCAACGGGCACGGUACUCUUGAGAGUUGCUUUUGCGGUUAUGGCGUGGAUGGGACACGGAGCUCCGUUUCAUGCAAACGAUAAGCAGAAUGGCGACCCAAAUUCGCCACCGAGGACUUUAACUGGUGUCCAUCCCAGCCAACAGUCACCGUCGUCCCACCUUUGUGAUUGCCCCAUGGCGUCACUCUGCCAGAGCCAGCAGCGCUGUGUGAAAGCCUCCAUCGUUUCCAGCUGGCGGCUGGCUGAAGCGCAGGAUCAGAUGUGCUCUUUGGGGGUCCACAGCUCCGAGUCCCUGGAACAGGAGCGAGCGCGGACCCUUGUCUGCCCGACUGAACUCACAAACACAGAGGAGGAGUGGCGUCGCAAGGAGAGCAUGCUGGCAGGCCCAGAACCCAGUCGAAGUCCCGUCCUCGGUGCCACUGGAAGUUGGGAUGUUUUUGAUAAGAGUAUUAUUAAUUUGCACCAUCAGCCUGUGGAAAUGAAUCAGGACACCUGCAAAACAUUUCUCCAAAAAUAUGAACAAGAGCUUAGGCAUUUUGGUAUGUUACGGAGAUGGGACGACAGCCAGCGAUUCCUCUCAGACAUGCCUCAGCUCAUCUGUGAGGAAUCAGCUAAUUUCUUAGUCCUGUGGUGCAUUCGACUACAGCAAGAAGGGAAAGAAGCACUGAUGGAGCAGGUGGCGCACCAAGCCGUGGUUAUGCAGUUUAUCUUAGAAAUGGCCUCAAAUUCUCAACAGGACCCUCGAGGCUGCUUCAGGCAAUUUUUCCACAAAGCGAAAGAGGGGCAGGACGUCUACCUUGAAGUUUUCCGAGCAGAACUCGACACCUUCAAACAGAGAGUUGAAGAAUAUGCAGCGAAAUGUAGAAACGACGCUUUGAACGUUGAUCAUCAGAGUUUGGACACAAACUGUAGACCUAACACCAAAGUAACAACAGACUUUAUAACACAGGAGGAUCCUGAAUUCAAGAUGAAGCACUGUUUAGAGGCUGGACUGUGGACAAAUACAGGGAAAUGGACAAAGGACGACACUACAGAAACAGAAGACAUCCGGAUGAUGGAGAUAUCAUAAGGACUCCUGCUUUCCUCCCGUCUCACUCGUCCGUCCACAUAGGAACAAUCUUGAGUUUGUCACCUCUCUUCCAGAGCAGCAGGCUGAAACAGCAUCACAGAGCAGGAAUAAAUGGAGACAUGAUCAUUCUUUGUGUUGCAUCUCUCAGCAGAACCAAGAGGAUGUUUUGCUCAUGGUAGACAUUUUUCAACAUUUUAUUUGCAUUUGGCUACUGCUGCAGUGUCCUGCUAGCCAAUAAAUGCUUAUGCUACGCUGUAGUGUAACCUCCUCUUUUUUCUUAAGAUGAAACUGAUCUUUUGCUGUUCUUAAAACACAAAGAAUUAAAAAAGUACAGAGAACAAUUCAUGUGAAAAUCUAAGAGAACAAUAUCUGAAAAAUCAGGAGCUUUGUGAUUUGCUAAGCUGGAUCAGAAAUGUGAUUGGCUGUUGAUAAUGUGAAGGGGGAAAUGCUUUGAAUUAAGUUUAUUAUCAUCCUGUUUGUAGACAAAUCUGUAUGUGUAAGAGUCUCCCAGCUACAUGUACCUUAUUGGUAAACACAGCAUCAUGUUAUGUAUUACAAAAUCAUGUGCAGUGCAGGCCUUACUUCUCCAACUGACUCCUCUGAACAACAUGUUUUUUUGUUUUUUUCUUUUUGCCUUAACCUCACCUACAAGGAGCAGUUAAAGUGAACAUGUUAAAUGAAGCAGUUGUUUAUUGUAACGAGCAGAGGAAAAAUAAAUAAUGUGGUUGCUGUUUUUGCUAUUUAUUUUCUGUGAUCACCACAUCUGUUUUGAUCAGGUUUUCUCUCACUCACUGCUGAUCUCUCGGGCAAACCUGCUGCAGUCAGUCUGGACUGGAGCACUCAUGUACCAAAACCAGUAAAGAAACAUUUCAAGACAGUAACUUUUCUAUGCUUUUGCCACCAAGAGUCACCUGUUUUAUAGCUUGUGUGGUUUUAUGAUGUUUGAGAUUUAUGGUUGAGACAGCAAGAAUGAUGUUAGCCAUCAGUGGCUUUAAAUUGUUGUUUUGAACGCUUGUGCCAUGCGAACAAGUGAACAGCUGAUGCACUUUAAGGAUGACUGCAAGUAACUCCCUCUCAAAACAUCACAUGUCCAGAAAGGGUUAAGAGUCUGAACCCUAUUAAUAAACUGUAAACAUUUUGCGAUUAAAAAAUAAAAUAUACAGCAUGUUUUUAA